UAAAAAUACGUAAGAUAUAAAGCAUCAAAAAUGAUAAGAGGGUUCGCACACGAUUAUAAAAGUCGCUUUUUCCCUUGAUAUUACCAGUUAACGAUCAAUUAAGCACCAAGAGCAAAUAUAGAAGAAGAAGUAAAUCAACGUUCGUUUUUCAUCAUGAAAGGAGGAUAUCUGAUAAUAGCCGCGUUUGCGGCUGUCAUGGUUACGGUAUACGCCGAAGAUACUCCGAUACUUCCGGUUCCAACGUAUUGUCCAGAUGUGGACCCCGAAGAUAGAACGAUACAUUUGGCACACGAAUACGAUUGCACGAAAUUUUAUAAAUGCAUAGGCGGAAACAAGGUCGAAUUAUUAUGCCCAUUCAUGGACAAAGCGAAGACGCGAAGAUUGCACUUCAACAAAGUGUUACAAGUUUGCGACCUCCCUGCAAGAGCCAAUUGUAAUUCUCCAGCGGUUCAAACAACGCCGCGGUCGAAAGACGACUGGACCCCGGAAUGGACCUGCGGGAACAGACCAGUAGGCACAUUUUUACCACACAAAACACGCUGUCACCUAUUCUACCAAUGUACCUCUUACGGACAAGUUCUCCAAAGAUGCGCCGAAGGACUUGUUUUCAAUCCGUAUGCUCAAGUUUGCGACAAGUCUGGCAAAUGCGUAGCCACGGAUGUUUGCAAGGAUUAUAGGAAUACGGAGGGAAGCUAUUUGCCUGAUCCUCUAUCCUGCAAAAACGUUUACUAUUGUAAGGAAGAAACAACGGAAAAGUACAGCUGCGACGAAAACGCAGAAUGGAGCACCCAAAGUGACAAGUGUUUGCCAGCUGAUCAGGCAAAUUGUUCGCGAAAACUUUAAUAUUAUAAGAAAUAAUUAGAAGCAACAUAUUUGUCCAAAUUAUACAUCUUAGGAUAAGACAUAUUCUGUAUUUAAUGUUUUAUUCGUCGAUUGUUCUCAUAUAACUUAUUAAAUGUUCCACCUUCGCUUUUA